AUGUUGGCCAAAACUUGUCUUAAGCAACAAGGACUUGCUCCAAAAGUCCUGCAAAUGGCCUCUAGAACAUUUGCUUCCACUGCCACCAGAUUGGGUGACUUGCCUUUGCUGGUCAAGGUCAAGAUCCCCACUGGCAGAGAAUAUGAACAACCUACUGGUUUGUUCAUCAACAAUGACUUUGUCUACCCAAAACAAAAAAAGACAUUCAAUGUUGUUUCUCCAGUUAACGAAGAAGAAAUUACCUCGGUUUACGAAGCCUUGGAAGAAGAUAUCGAUGUUGCUGUUGACGCUGCUAGAGCUGCUUAUAAAUCAUGGUCUGUUACUGACCCAGCUGUCAGAGCUAGAGUGUUGACCAACUUGGCUGAUUUGAUUGAAAAGAAUGCUGAUUUGUUGGCUGAAGUUGAGACUUUUGACAAUGGUAAAUCAUUGCAAAAUGCUAAAGGUGAUGUCGCUUUAACUGCUGCUUACUUUAGAUCUUGUGCAGGCUGGACUGAUAAGAUUUUGGGUAACUUGAUCAACACUGGUGAAGGCCACUUGAACUACACCCAAAGAGUUCCUUUGGUGUGUGGUCAGAUUAUUCCAUGGAAUUUCCCACUUUUGAUGCUUUCUUGGAAAUUGGGUCCUGUUUUGGCCACUGGUUCAACCACUGUGUUGAAGACUGCUGAAUCUACCCCAUUGUCUGCAUUGAUUGUUGGUAAAUUGUUGGUUGAAGCUGGUAUGCCAAAGGGUGUUGUCAAUAUUGUUUCUGGUUUCGGUAAGACUGCUGGUGCAGCCAUUGCUUCACAUCCAAAGUUGGAAAAAGUUGCAUUCACCGGUUCUACUGCUGUUGGUAAGAGUAUUAUGAAGGCUGCUGCCGAAUCCAAUUUGAAGAAGGUCACUUUGGAAUUGGGUGGUAAAUCUCCAAACAUUGUUUUUAAUGAUGCUAACAUUGACAGCACCAUCCAAAACUUGAUUACUGCUAUCUUUUACAACUCUGGUGAAGUUUGUUGUGCUGGUUCCCGUGUUUUGAUCCAAUCCAAGGUUUACGAUGAAGUGUUGGAGAAGUUCAAGGCUGCUGCUGAAAAUGUUAAGGUUGGUAACCCAUUUGACCCAGAAACCUUUAUGGGUGCUCAAGUCUCUGAGACUCAAUUGUCCAAGAUUUUGAGCUACAUUGAAUCUGGUAAGAAAGAAGGUGCUGAAAUUGUUACUGGUGGUGCUCGUUGUGAUGGUAAAGGUUACUUCCUUAAGCCAACCAUCUUCUCCAACGUUAAAGACGACAUGAAGAUUGUUAAGGAAGAAAUCUUUGGUCCAGUUGUUUCAGUUACCAAAUUCGACACCAUUGAGGAGGGAAUUGAAUUGGCAAACAGCACCGAUUACGGUUUGGCUGCUGGUAUCCACACCACUAACAUUAACACUGCGGUCCAUGUGGCAAACAAUAUCAAUGCAGGUACUGUCUGGGUCAACACUUAUAACGACUUUAACUCUAUGGUUCCAUUUGGUGGUUUCCACUCUUCUGGUAUUGGUAGAGAAAUGGGUGAGGAAGUUUACCAAGAGUACACUCAAUGCAAGGCUGUUAGAAUUAAGAUUACACCACCAAACUAG